CCUCUGAUAAACUUCCAGGAGAGCAAUCCCACUUGCUCUUCUGGAAGCCUGGAGUCAGAAGCUCCACUGAGAGGAAGGCUGCAAGAGCCACAGCCUGUACAAGGACUUCAAAGCCUCUGUCCCUUGAGUGGUGGCUCUUCCUUGGCUCAGUGGGAUGUUCCAGUACUUCUUUUUCUGUAUUUACUUUGUCAUUCAGCUCCAGCCAGUGUCUUCGAUGGCCCUGGACCCCUGCUCUGCCUACAUCAGCCUGAACGAGCCCUGGAGGAACACGGAGCACCGCAUCAACAGCUCGCACGGGCAGCCCACCUGCGACAGCGGCAUCGACGGCGAGUGGUACCGCUUCACGGGCAUGGCCGGCGACGCCAUGCCCACCUUCUGCAUCCCCGAGAACCACUGCGGCACCCACGCUCCCGUGUGGAUGAACGGCAGCCACCCGCGCCCCGCCGACGGCAUCGUGCGGCGCCAGGCCUGCGCCAGCUUCAGCGGCAACUGCUGCCUCUGGAACACCACCAUCGAGGUCAAGGCCUGCCCGGGAGGGUACUACGUGUACCACCUCGCCAAGCCCAGCGUCUGCUUCCACGCCUACUGUGGCCAUUUUUAUGACAUCUGUGAUGUAGUGGAUUGCCAGGACUCCUGCCUGGACACUGGUGACUGCACGUGUUCCCCGGGUACGACACUCGGACCUGAUGGCCAGACAUGCCUUGAUGAAAAUGAGUGUGAACAGAACAACGGGGGCUGCAGCGAGUUCUGUGUUAACCUGAAGAAUUCCUUCCGCUGCGAGUGCGGGGUUGGGCGCACGCUGGGAAGUGAUGGGAAAACCUGUGAAGAAAUUGAAGGCUGUCACAAUAACAACGGAGGCUGCAGCCAUACCUGUAUUGAAGUGGAAGGCACCUACCAGUGUGAAUGUCCCAGGGGACUUGUUCUGUCAGAAGACAACCACACUUGCCAGGUUCCAGUGCUGUGCAAGUCCAGCUCUAUUGAGGUGAGCAUCCCAAAGGACCUGGUUGGAGGCCUGGACCUUUCCCUCAUCAACACUUCAUGCAAAGGCGUGUCCAAUGGCACUCAUGUCAACAUCCAUUUCUCCCUGAAGUCCUGUGGUACCGUUGUAGAUGUAAUCAAUGAUAAAAUCAUUGCCACCAACCUGGUGACUGGCUUGCCCAAGCAGACGCCGGGGAGCAAUGGGGACAUCAUUGUGCGCACCAGCAAGCUGCUGAUCCCCGUGACCUGCGAGUUCCCGCGCCGCUACACCAUCUCCGAGGGCUACGUGCCCAACCUCAAGAACUCUCCCUUGGAAAUCAUGAGCCGCAACCAGGGCGUCUUCCCCUUCACUCUGGAGAUCUUCAAGGACAAAGACUUUGAUGAGCCCUACAGGGGUGAUCUUCCCACCCUCAAGCUUCGGGACUCCCUGUACUUUGGGAUUGAGCCCUUGGUGCACGUCAGUGGACUGGAGACGCUGGUGGAGAGCUGCUUUGCCACUCCCACCUCCAAAAUUGAUGAGAUCCUGAAGUACUACCUGAUUCAAGAUGGCUGUGUUUCUGAUGAUUCCGUGAAGCAGUACACGUCAAAGGACCAUCUUGCCAAGCACUUCCAGGUUCCUGUGUUCAAGUUUGUGGGCAAAGACAACAAGGAGGUGUUCCUGCACUGCCGCAUCCUCGUGUGCGGCGCGCUGGACGAGACCUCGCGCUGCGCCCAGGGCUGCCGGAGACGCGUGCGCAGGUCGGCCGAGCAACAGGAGGAGCAGCAGGACAAGGAAUCUGUUCACGUGUCAAACCACAUCCUGACAGGAGGCCCCAUCAGGAUCGACUUUGAUGACUGACACCCACCCUCUGCAACAGCAUCCCUGGCCUUCCUUAUCACUGCCUUCUGUUGUGGUGGUUGAGAAACCACAGGUAUUUGUUAAAGCCCCGCUUGAACCUGAGGACUCAUUUCCUUAACUCUGUGGUGAUUAUUUGUCAAGUGGUUUGGGCCCAUGAGGCAGCCCUUGGAGUGUGACCCAGACUGCAGAACAGUUUGCUUUUAUCUGCAUUUCUUCCCAACAAUCCUUUAGCUGCAGGGACCCUGUUUCUUUGCAGGCCAGAAAUGUUACCCAACUUUGCCUUUCCCUACAUCCACCUACAGGCCCUAGGACUGUUUGUCCUUGACUAAACAAAUGUUAUCCAAGCCCUUCUUGCAUCAGACAGUACAAAUAGUAUCAUAGAUGAGUGUGUUUGCUGUACAGCUCUGUGAGUGAUGCUGGAGAUUUCAGGUGAUUGUUAAUAAAAACAUGUGUAAAAUAUA